CCAAUGAGCGCCCUCGGUGUGCUCUGGAGUGUCGUCUUUUAGUUUUUCUGUUCUAAAUCGCUCACAUUUAUAACAAAACAGGCCUCAAUAGCAGAUAAUAUUUGAUAAUAUUGUUUUAUCGCCAGCUUCCGUCGCCAACUUUGCUCCGUCGUCCUCGGAGCCUAACAGGGAACAAUGCCAGGCAAAGCCGCGGUGACAUUGGCGCUCCAGCCCGCUGGUACCGUCUCUCCAGCGGCUCCGCAGAAGUCUUUCCCGUUUGUUUUGAAGAAAAUUAUGGAUAUUCCUCCUCCAAAUAUCCUGGCGGAAGGCGAGGACGACAUCGAGAAGGAAAAGCUCUGCUCCUCUCAAGAUGUGGACGGAGGUGGGGCUGUGGCGUCCAGCACUGAUGGCGGUUCUAGAGGAGGUGGUAGUGGAGGCAGCGGCGGCGUUUCAGCCUCCCUGACCCCAGCAAUCUGGGACAAGACCAUUCCCUACGAUGGAGAGACGUUCCACCUGGAGUACAUGGACCUGGACGAGUUCCUGCUGGAGAAUGGCAUCCCCGUGAGCCUGGAGGAGGAGGAGCUGCAGAAGACUCUGGCUUCGGCAGACGGCAAAGUCAAAACCAUUCCGAAAACGGUUGCAGCUGCAACCACGACAACUGCAGCUCCCAUUGCUGCUGAACCGUCCGCGUCAGAGCCAGCUCCCUCUGAGAGCACCACAGAUCCAGAUGAAACGGUGACGGUCACCACACUGCAACCUGCUAAACUAGAUGAGGAGGAAGAAGAAGAAGAUGAAGAGCAGGUGGAGGCACCUGAAGAGGCACCAGCAGAAGUGGAAGUGACCAAGAAAGAAAGGAACACACCCUCUCCAAUUGACCCAGAUGCCAUUGAGGUGGACAUCAAUUUCCAGCCGGACCCCACAGACCUGGUUCUGUCCAGCGUUCCAGGCGGAGAGCUGUUCAAUCCUCGCAAGCACAAAUUCUCUGAUGAGGAACUGAAACCCCAGCCCAUGAUCAAGAAAGCCAAGAAAGUGUUUGUCCCUGAUGAACAGAAGGAUGAGAAAUAUUGGUCAAGGAGGAAGAAGAACAACCUGGCAGCAAAGCGUUCCCGCGAUGCACGUCGGCUGAAGGAGAACCAGAUCACGGUGCGCGCCUCCUUUCUGGAGCGGGAGAACGCUGCGCUCAGACAGCAGGUUGCAGAGCUGCGGAAGGACUGCGGCCGCUGUAAGAACAUCUUGGCCCGUUACGAGGCUAAGUACGGCCCACUGUAAACAAAACAAACGGAGGAGCGGAUGAGACAGAGGCAGAGCUCCCUUCCCCACAGAAUCCAACACAGACUCAAACACCAAGGGAAUCUAAAUUUGCAACGUUGUCCUCACUCACCCCCCUAGUCAUUGCGUUGAUCUCCUGUGGCCGUCGGUGACGCUGGAGUUUUGGAUGCGCGCUGGCGGGCGGUGAGGCAUGAUGGGAGCAGUGGGUCUCAGGACGGCCUGUGGAGAGCGCCUGGCUCCUACACUGAGAGGAAGUGGACUGUUGGGUGGUCCCACGGGUGAAGGUGUGGAAAGUAGUGCUCAUCUCAGUUUAAAAGCAAAGAGCAGACCUGUAUAUACAGAUUCCACACAGCACUUCUCGAGGUACUGAAUCUAAAUCCGGGUUGGCCAGACAACUCCUGCUUUUUAAUAUUCAAUCCUACAUCCUGCCACUCGGUAAAGCAGCAGGAGUUGAAAUGAUGAUGGUACAUUCAUUCUGGAGGACAGGGAUUAGGAUUUUCUUCGUGUGACGCCAAAACAUUCUCUAUUUCACACAAAAAAACGGCUGUGUGUACAGUAUAUAUCUAUUCCUGUACCCUUUCAUUUAGUGUGUACCACAUGUAGUUAAUCCUUGCACUUUUUAAAGACAAAUUAAACAUGCACAGGAUGUGCAACACCUGGUAGCAGUACCUUAUCUACCACAGUAGCUGCUUAUAUUGAAACUACUGUGAUUUUAUUUUGUUAUCCUCCAGAUUUUAGAUCUGACUGCAGAGUCUCGUAUGGUUUUAUCUGAGGUCUUCAGAUUUUUUUUAUGACUUUCCAAAGGGAUAAAGAGAAAGUUUUCUCUGUGGCGUACGCUUGUUGACCUUGACGGCCCUCACUGGUGGAGGGGUAUUUUAAGCGUAGAGAUGUUUAUUUUACUGCACACUGCAAGUAGAGAUGGGUAGAGACUGACUGCCAAACGUGCAGCAACUGGAUUCUUUAUUUUCUAUUCAAAUAAAUAGUAGCCAUGCCCAAAGCGGAGCGCUUCUCAAUGUUUGAAAUCUCUCACCGUCAUCACUUGGUAGAACUGAGACUCUUUGAUGAACCCAGCAGAUAUCCCCAUAUUUGCCAAAAAAACAGUGCCACAAAAUGUUGAUGGUAACAAAGCAAUGUUGACUAGAAUUGAGCACCAAGUAAUGGAUCGUUUUGAUUUCCUUAAAACCAAUGAUUGAGCAGGGAUUUCAGUGUGUGUUUCAGAAAACGUUUUGUGUGCUUUUUUUCUUCUAAACAAGGACAAAAGGUUCUUAUUUACCUCAAACAGCACUUAAAAGUUCUGGAUGGUUCUGAGUGAACCUCAGGGUGGUUUUGGUUGAAGCAGAGAGCACAUACAAGGCAGCUUUUCAACAAAGUGGCUGAGUCUAUUUCUAAUGUCAAAAACCACAUUGCAGACUGUUACAAGAUCCUCUAUCCAUGGUGUCCUUUUGCACAUGUUAGGAUCAAUCAGCUCAUAAUCAUGGCAAUCUCUAAAAGAAAACUUAAUGUGGCAAUAAUUAUCCGUUAUGUUAUGCCUGUUUUGUUUCAGUAAUAUUAUUGUAUGUAAAUUUGUUCCGAUGUACUAAAUGGGAAUAUCCCAAAGUCCUUUGUGCUUCCAGUUUAGAUCCUCUGUCGUAAAGGAUUCUAAUGCAUGAAACCCAGUAAACCUGUUUUUAACUCUGCGUUUCCCCUUUGUACGUUUGACACAAAGUGUACUUAUGUCUGUAAAUCAUCGCUAAGAGCUGGGAUUGUUUUUUUGGAUGGUGGUUUGGCUCUGUUUAAAGAAAAAAAAAAAAACAUGUUAAAUAUGCGCCGUUUAUAAUCGGCACACCACCACCUAUCUGUGCAGCCAGUUAUUGACAAAACAGCAAGUCUGUAGUAAAAAAAAAGCAAAAAAAAACUUCUUUAAAGCGUCUUAAAUUUGCUAAAGAUGAGUCACACACUGGAUCUGCUGGUGCUCUUGUGUUUUCAAAGAUGUUUGAGCUUUUCCACAGUACAGCGUAACGGACAUUUUUACUAACGUGUUUCAUUUUGUAUUUAAGCUUGCUGUAUUGCUUAGACAACGGUGUAGCUGAUGAAUGCAGACUUUUUUUGUUUUGUUUUUUUUUUACUGAAAGAAACAAUAAAAACACUCCACACAAAACCAAGCGAAGGUAUGAGCUGAUGAGGCUGAAAAUUUAUGUUUAGAAUAUGUAGCAGUGUUUUUUUUUCCAAACAUUUAAAAUAAAAACCAAUUAAAUCAAUGGUUUUUGCCACCUGCAGUUGGAUAGCUAACAGUGUUUUAUUUGAAAUAUCUGAGCUGCUUUCGACUGUUAUAUUCUGAAAUAUUAGUAAAAAAUGUAAAAAACAGACUUUCUUGAUGGAAUCUGUUUAGUAAUAUCCAAUCAGGUCUGGGUAUUUUAUGACAUCAUAAAUACAGAACAGUAGUUGUAGCUUUUUUCCUGCAGGUGGCAGAAAUGGGAAUUUUUUUUUGCACAUCUUGGUUUGUUUUAAGAUGUAAAUAACAUCAACAUUUUGGAAUCUUAUUGAUUAAAGAUGCUAAAAAAUACUCCAGAAGAAGAAAAUAUUGAUUUUUAUUGUUGGGUUUUGUGGUGUCUUUAUGUUUUUCUCAUUUUAUAUGAAGGUGUUUCUUAUUUGUAACAAUGUAUCUGUAGUACUUUGUUCAGACUGUACCUUUUAAUAUGCAUAUGGAAUAAAAAUCUAAUGACUCCGGA